CACCCCAGCAACCCUCAUAAAUUUGAACCAGUUGCCAAGUGGCUGAAUUUUGAUCACAUGGGGGGGGGUUGUUGUGUGCUACAAAGGACGCAACUGUGUAAAACGGUCAUUAAGUCACUUUAUUCAGCACCGUUGUAACUUCGAACGGUCACUAAGAGAAUUCUUGUAAGUCGAGGACUAUCUGUAUUGGCUACCUGGGUUCCCCGAUCUGAAGCCAUCCAAGCCCAUAAUUCCCAGCCAGGCUAGAAAAGGCUUUUAAGGCCGGCUGGUUUACAGCAGUAUAUAAAUCUGAAAAGGGGGAGUCACUUAGCGAGACUUCGCCGGCAGAAAACCCGGACUUCGGCUCCUCCAUUCCGCACCAGGGCAAGGGACCGGACCUGCAGCGCUCUCCAGGCCGGUUGGUUCUCGCGCGGCUGUUCUCCGAGGAGAGAAGCGGAGCAGAGAAACCGGGGAGCAGAUCCCGCCGCCUCUCCGCGGCUCCUCAAAUUCUCCAUCCUCUUCACAGGGCGGCCCCGUCACUUUCCUCAAUCAACCAGCAGGCGGAGCUGCAGGGAGUGCCCCCCCCACCCUUCCGCGGGCUGCGCAGGGAAUAUGGGGAGGGAAGGAAGCGGAAGAGGAGCUGCCGCUGCCGCCGCUGAGGGGAGCCCAGCGGGUGCUGUAGUUGUGUGUGUGGUGGGGGGGGGGGAAACGCUGACGUGUGGCGCGGACGGCUGGCUCCGAGAACCGAGACAAAAAAAAAAGGUCCGUUACGACACCGACGGAAUCUCCUUUUGAUCUCACAGUAACCAGUUUCGAUAUUAAAGGAAACAUAAAAAUGAUCAGAUAAAAUGCAUGGAAUGCAUCCUGGACUUUAAGAGUGAUGACUAAUAAAAUUAGUGGAGCAACAUUGGAAUUCCUCAGAUCCAAGAAAAAGCACUCAUAUUCCAUUCAUUUUGCAAUGGUUUUCGAAUGAGUGGAUCAUGAGGAACAUACUUUAGGGACUUGCCAUAGUAUGGCUGCUUCUCGAUCUACUCGUGUUACAAGAUCAACAGUGGGGUUAAAUGGUUUGGAUGAAAACUUUUGUGGCCGAACGUUAAGAAACCGUAGCAUAGCUCAUCCAGAGGAGGUUCCUUCUCUUCCACAAGUAAGAUCAAGAUCACCAAAGAAGAAAUCAGAAUCUCUGCAAACACAGAAGGGAAAUAGUAAUGGGAAAGCUAAUGAUGUCAAGCAGCAGAGUUCUAAAGAAUCAUGGGUAAGCCCUAGAAAGAGAGGCCUCUCAACUUCAGAAAAGGAUAAUUCUGAGAAACAAAUUGGAGAAAAUUGUGAGAAGAAACAAGUGGAACCUCUUUCACCAGUUUUAAAGCGUAAGCGUUGUUUACGUUCAGAGCCGCAACAUAGUUCAGAAGAAGUGCUACCUUCUAAAACAGGUAAAGAUCGGUUGGAACAUAAAAAUUCAGUAUCAGACAAUGUCACGGUCAAUCCAGGGCCUAAACGAGCUUGCCGAUGUCUUAUUUUGGACGAUAGUGAUAAAAGGGAGGUUAAAAAGGUAACUGUUUGUGCAGAAAAAUUAAAUCAUUCUUCAGUAACCGAAGAACUCACAACUUGUCAGUCUGUCAAUGGGGUUAAUGGGAAUGGUUCAAGUGCUACAAAGUGUGGUGACUGUCAACUGGAUGGAGCCAGUGCACAGAAUAAUGCUGAUUCCUGUUCAUCUGAGGAAAAAAGUAUAGCAAAAAAUGGAAAUACAUCAUUUUUUCAUAGCAGAAAUAAGGAGGACAGUUUUAUAGACCACAGUGUGCCUUGCACAAAUUCACAAGAACAGUUAACCUGUGAGGACCAUAAACAAGUAAAGGACUGUUUAUCUGAGGAAACUGUUAACCAGAUACAUGAGUCAGGUACGGGUACGGGGUCCUUUUAUGAAACCCAGUCAUCUUUGCUAAGGGAUUCUGAAGAGGAAGUAGAUGUGGUAGGUUAUAGCACUGCCACAAAAGAGCAAUCUGAAAACACCAACAGCAACCUGGAAAGUUACGAUAAUGCAACUGCUUCAAAUGAACCUGAACCACCGGUUUUGGACUGUGUUUCGGCUCCAAUUUCAUCAACAUCAGAAUCUCAAGAACAUAGAUACACCUUGAGAACAUCACCAUGGAGGGCAGGCUCAACAAAAAAUAGCCCUAUUAAACAUAACUCUCCAUGUAAAGAGAAUGGACAGUUUGAGGAGAACAGUCAUACUGUCCCUGAAAAGAAUGUAGAAUCAAGUGUUACCAAUAUCAAUGGAUCUUGUGCAAACACAGAAAUUGCUCCAAGUGAAAGGGAAAGUUACUGUGAUUCCAGAGAACACCCAAAGGAAGGACUAAGUAAAUCAACUUCAGAAAAUAGACUUGUUACUCCACCCCUGCCAUCUGCCAAAGAAAGUGCCAGUCUUCAUUCUGUAGAAGAAGAGGAAGAAGAACCUGAUGUGUAUUACUUUGAAUCAGAUCAUGUGGCAUUGAAACACAACAAAGAUUAUCAGAGACUGUUACAAACGAUUGCAGUACUCGAGGCUCAGCGCACUCAAGCAGUCCAAGAUCUUGAGAGUUUAGGCAGACAUCAGAGAGAAGCACUGAAAGAUCCCAUUGGAUUUGUGGAAAGUCUCCAGAAGAAGGUUGAUGUAGGGCUUCCAUUUCCACAAAGAGUUGUCAAGCUGCCAGAGAUAUCCUGGGACCAAUAUACCACAAGCCUUGGGAAUUUUGAAAGAGAAUUCAGAAACCGAAAGCGUAACAGUAGACGAGCCAAGCUUAUUUUUGAUAAAGGUUUACCUACAAGACCAAAAAGCCCUUUGGAUACAAGAAAGGAUGGAGAGGCUACUUCAUACUCCGUUUUGCCUUUCAGUGAUUGUCCAGAAGCUUCAAUGAACAACCGUCCACAAAUGAUAAGGGGGCGACUUUGUGAUGAGACCAAACCUGAAUCUUUUAAUCAGCUGUGGACAGUAGAAGAACAGAAAAAACUUGAACAAUUACUUUUGAAGUAUCCUCCAGAGGAAGUAGAAUCUCGGCGAUGGCAAAAAAUUGCGGAUGAGUUGGGUAAUAGAACUGCAAAGCAGGUUGCCAGCAGAGUGCAGAAAUAUUUCAUAAAACUGACUAAAGCUGGUAUUCCAGUUCCAGGAAGAACACCAAACUUGUAUUUAUACUCUAAAAAGUCCUCUAGUAGACGGCAACAUCCUUUGAAUAAACAUCUCUUCAAGCCUUCAACUUUCAUGACCUCCCAUGAACCUCCUGUGUUUAUGGAUGAAGAUGAAGAUAGAUCCUGUUUUCACAGUCACAUGGCCAAUGCAGCAGAGGAAGAACCAUCAGAUGAAGAAAGUAUCCCUGUAGCAUAUCGUGAAUUACCAGAAUAUAAAGAGCUGCUGAAAUAUAAAAAGCUGAGGAAGCAGAAGGUGCAGCAAAUGCAUGCAGAAAGUGGCUUUGUCCAGCACAUUGGCUUUAAGUGUGAUAACUGUGGAACUGAUCCAAUUCAAGGCAUUCGGUGGCACUGCCAAGACUGCCCUCCAGAACUGUCUUUGGAUUUUUGUGAUUCUUGUUCUGACUGUCUGCAUGAAACAGAUAUUCACAAGGAAAAUCACCGAUUGGAGCCUAUUUACAGAGCAGAAAUGUUCUUAGAUAGAGACUACUGCAUGUCCCAAGGCCCCAGCUAUAAUUAUCUUGACCCCAACUACUUUCCUGCCAAUAGAUGACAAGGAAAGCAGAUGUGCAACCUGAAACAUAGUGUCACUUCUGAAAACCCAACAGCGGCACAGUAAUUGAUUCUGUGCCCACUUUGGAAAGACAUGUACUUUCCCAGGAAUGUCAUCCACUGCAUGAGAGCUUCCCAGGUGCCCUUCUCAAAAUACAGCUCUCUGAUCCGUCUUGUUACUAAAUCACUAAAUAGAGGUUGAACAUUCCUAGUGUGCAGGUGGCUGUACCGGGCAGAUUUUCUUCACUCCAUUAGUCCUUUUUUUAAAAAGAAAAAGAAAAGUCCAAGAGAUGAGUUACAAAAGUGUGGCCAGAAAAGAAAGCACACAUUAAACAUAGUCCAGAGGCUUAAAGAACUUGGCUAUUGUGCGAUGAACAGGUGAUGAAAUACUUAACAUUGAAACAGUUUAAUAGUUUGCAGUUUUGUUGUGGAAAAUAGUCUCCAGCACAAAAACUGAUUUCUUUCAGCAAAGUUUUAGCUUGUGGCAGUGUUUGCUUCUAGGAACCUACUCAUAAAACAAUCACUGUCCCAGGGGUGGUCAUGAUCGGCCUUGGAGCUGCUUAAUUACGUAGAUGUUUCUUUUACCUCUUUUAUUUUCCCUUUUACCACAAACUUAUUUACCGAGAGUGAAGCACUACAGGAGGCAACUGUGGCACUGCUUCCUUAACCAGCUCAUGGUGUGUGAAUAUUAUAAAUUGUCAUGCAGAUAUAUUUUUAAAUGUAAUGUUAUAUAAAAUGACCAUGUGUUGUGUACAAAGCUAUGGUGAGAAGUGCCAGUGGUAGUAACUGUGUAAAGUUUCUAAAUCCCCAUUAACUCUUACGGAAUACACAGUCUUCUGCCUCUGUAUUUAGAGUUGUUAAUGCAACUCAUCAAAGAAAACUGCCUAAUAUAAAUCAUAUAUGGUAAUAAUUUUCCUCUUUUUGUAGUAUGCACAAGGUCCAUGAAAGAUUGUAUUUUUAUUACUAUUUAAACAAGGUGAUUAAAUUUAGCCUGAACAGUGAGCAAGACUUCACAUGCAUUCUUUUAUACUGCUGGAUUUUGUUGUGCAUCAUUUAAAACAUUUUGUAUGUUUCUUCUUAUCUGUGUAUACAGUCUGUUCUUAAAUAAUGUUCAGUUGUCAGGAGAACUGUGAGAAAUAAACUGUGGCUACCGUCUGUUUAUAUAUAGAAUGGUUACCGUGACUUUUUUUCUGAAGAAGGUGAGAAUAUGAAUUAGGCCGUAGAGAGAAGGGGUGCCUCACCUUCAUCUUUUGCCUUGCUGCUUUUCGUCACCUUUCCCAGGAUAAUGCUCCAGCACCCUGUUUUGAACACGUCCACUAAAUUCUGUACACAACCUUAUCUAUGCUCUAACUCUCAGAUGCACCACUUGUGUGGGAGCAGAUUUGCACAGCCAAAGGAAUGCUCUUUUCAAAGCUCUUUCCGUUGUUGAAACAAAUGGGGAAUCAAUUACGUGGAAGAA